UGGCUGCACCUUUGGCCAUAAAUGGUAAUUGCAGUGUGUUUGUUGGCAGACUGCCUACAUUGUGAUUUGUACUCCCAUUUAGAGCACUGGUUAUUCAGAUUUGGUCAUCUUAAAAGUUUGUAUCUGGAUCAGGGUGAUCCAAUCCAAUGUUGCUUUAAAAACAAACAGCACACAAGUAUUAUGGAUUAUUUGCUCCUGGUUAGCAAAACAUGGGAUUUACAAAUCUGGAUUAGUCUGAUCCAGAUUACAUUUUUAUCAAAUGGGCCCUGGUCUUGAAAUACUGACAAACGACUCAGUGUCUUAAGGUUUUCCUUUCAAAACUGUAUUUACGGCCUUUUAUAUCAAGUCCUGUCAAAGCACAGAACUAGUAAUCAUGUUUAUGUUGUACCAAAUGUGUAAGUCAUUUUUAGACAGCGUCAAAAGGUGUGUCAUCAAUUGAUUGACUUAUCUUAUUUUAGGAGACUAUGACAAAACUCAGCAGAGAGAUCUGACUUUCUAAUGAUCAGAUCAACUUCCUUUGUUCCCUCUCAGUGAUGACUCACUGUGUGUGUGUGUGUGUGUGUGUGUGUGUGUGUGUGUGUGUGUUUAUGCCUGGUUCGGGGUAUUUCAACAUGUGAUUUCCCUUAAGUUAUUUCCUCUUUGUUUCCCUCCUUACGUUUGUGUCACAUCCGCCUCAGUGUCAGCCUACAUGUCAAUAAUCCCUCACUUUUCCCCCCAACACCACCACCAGCUCCAGCUGUGGGAUACAGCAGGACAGGAGCGUUUCCGUAAGUCUAUGGUGCAACACUACUAUCGUAAUGUCCAUGCCGUGCUCUUCGUAUAUGAUGUCACCUGCCCUGCCAGCUUCAGAAGCCUAACUUCCUGGAUAGAAGAGUGCAGGCAGAACUCCCUCGGGCAAGAAUUCCCCAGGUUCUUGGUGGGUAAUAAGAGUGACCUCCGUGAUUCCAGCAAGACUGACAGCCAGGUGAGCAAGGAGCAGGCGAUAAGCUUCGCCAAAGCCAACGGCAUGAUGUGUUUUGAGACGUCCGCGAAGAACCCCCUUAACAAAUAUGGGAAUGCUCAGAAAGGUGACGGGGAGCUUCUGUGUCAGCAGGAUAAGGUGGAUGACAUCGUUGUUGCUGUUGGUGCCAAACUGAAGAGACAGAAGAAACCUUUAGCAGCAAACCCCUCGGCGUACGGCUCCUUUAAAGUCAUGAGCAAGAAGAGAGCAGAGAAGGAGCUGUGGACUUGCUGCUGAGAGGGGGGAAGAGAAAUGUGAUGUUCUUGUGUUUAGCUCUUUCUAAGUGCAUGAUUGUGUGUGAAUAUAAGUGUGUUUGUGUGAGGCAGAGAAUGACCACGUUGUGCAUAAUAUUCAUUUUUGACCAAAGACAAAAUUGCAGAUCAUUUACACUGGAAAUACAGUUUCUGUUAGUCCCACCCAGAAAUUAAAUUUUUAUACUCUUAAAUAUGUGAGAGGUCCUGUUUUGGAAAUAUUUUGUAUAUUUGUGAUCUUAUUGUUUACAAUCGCUGUAAAAUUAAAGCCUGUCAAUGGAAACAUUUUGUGAGGGCUUUGAUCCAGGUGACCUUUU